AUGGCGGGUGGUCAAUCCGAGGAGCCAAGUGACCGGCCGUGGCAGGUGAACUUGGAUGCGGGCACUCUGCGAGGGUGGGGUGCUCUGACGUCGCCUGUGGACACAGAGCCUGAGCCGUCAAAUUCGUGUGACAGCCGUCGAGAUCCACAUUACGCCGACUAUGAUGCUCCAGACUCGUGUGUAGACGACAUACCGCAAGAUGUUGCGGAUCCCAGCAAGCUGCAGGCGCUCUUGUGCGACAAUGCUGCUCUUUUCGAGGUCGCAGCUUCAGAAUGA